AUGAAAUUGGUUGAUAUUUUAUUUGUACUGAGCGCGGCAGCAACCGUUAAUGCAAUACUUCCUCCAGCUGAUAAAUAUGGUUCACCCCAAGCAUCAGGCACUUUCAGUCAAGUGUCUGAUCCAACCAAUGAACCUAAUCCAGGCACUUCCGACGACUGGCAAGAAGUAAUGGAUGCAAUUAAUUCAAGCAUUUUCGACGAAGACUGGCGAAACAUAUUAGAUCCGAUUGAUCCAAACACAUCCGACCAAGACUGGCAACAACCGAUUGAUCAACCCAGUUCAAGCACUUCCAGUCAAGUAUCUGGCCCGAAUAAUGAGCUUAUUCUAGAGAUUCCCGACCAAGACUGGCAAGACAUAAUGGAUGAACUUGAUUCAAGCAUUUUUGACGAAGACUGGCGAAACAUAUUAGAUCCGAUUGAUCCAAGCACUUCCAAUGAAGACUGGAAACAACCAAUUGAUCAACCCAGUUCGAGCACUUCCAGUCAAGUUCCUGACCCAAUUGAUCAAGUCGGUACAAACACUUUUGACAAAGACCAACAACAACCAGCUGAUCAACCCAGUUCAAGUAUUCCCAAACAAACCCAGCAACACCUAAUGGAUGCAACUGAUUUAAAUAUUUCCGACAAAGAUCAGCAACAGCCGAUUGAUCAGUCCAGUCCAAGCACUUCCAGUCAAGGUCGGAAACGGCCGAUUGGUGAUUCCAGUUCAAGUGGUGCUCCAAAACGAAGUCGGAAACGACGAAUUGAUCAACCCAAUCCAAGUACUUCUGACGAAUACUGGAAACCACUAUUUGAUAUAAUUAAUCCAAAUAUUCCCAGUCAAGACCAACAACAACCAAUGGAACAAGUCGAGUCUGCUAAUACUAGUUCAAAUCAAGUGACUGGGUUAAGCCGAAAAUUUCAGAGAACCUUUGAUGGUCUAAAGCAAGGGCUUAUAGCGUCUAAAGAAUUACGAGACAAAAAAUGGCAACAAUAUCGUAGGUAUGUAGACCUUGAAUUCGAACAACAAAUGACGUUAGCAAUGGGCAAAGAAAUAUCUGGAUCAAAAUACGAUCCAAACGUUCAAAAGCAAUUGAAACAAGAGUAUGAAAAGCUAAGGAGAAAAGUAUACAGUACCAGACAAAAAUUGAAAAACUACAUGAAAAAGCAUGGUUUAGAAUUUGAUGAGCCAGACCCAGAUUGA